UGAGGGUCCUAAGGACAGAGGGAUGUUGUAUACUGUAAAGCCCUGUGAGGUAAAUUGUGAUUUGUGAUAUUGGGCUUUAUAAAUAAAAUUGAAUUGAAUUGAAUGUUGCUAUCCCCAAGCUCUACAACCAACGCCAUAGUAAAGUUCAAGUAGAAAUGGCUACAGUGAAGUUCUACGCAACCAGACCUGUGGUCAAGCAGGACCGCGGAGCCUUAUUUAAGUCCGAUAGUUCACUUUGUCGACGAUGAUUUUGAGCUUAAAAACCACUGCCUACAAACAUCUUACUUCCCCCAAGACCACACCGGAGAAAACAUUGCAUCGGGCCUGAGGGAGGCUUUGGCAGCGUGGGACCUGUGUGAGGAGCGUCAGGUUACCAUCACUACAGACAAUGCUACUAACAUCAUCAAGGCGGUGCAGCUUAAUAACUGGCAAAAAGUCCACUGUUUUGGCUAUAGACUUCAUCUUGCAAUUGGUGAGUUAAUUAUUUUACAUUACUUUGCUUAUCUGCCAUGUUUGCUGUUUCUAUUUUUUAUCUGUAUGUUGUUAUAACUAGUAUUAUUUGACCAAAUUGAAACUGCAUUAUCAAGCCUCCAUAGUCUCAAACAGCUCUUUGGCCACCAGUAAUUAUCUUUCUUUAAAUGUGUUUGCUAUUUGUGUUAAUGUGUUCCUAAAAAAAAUCUUUUGUUUUUUGUUUUUUUUAUACAAAAUGAACCAAAAUUCUGUUGGGUUAAGAUUGUUCCCAAAUUCAAACUGUUAGACUGGACAAAAACAAUUAAAACAUAAAGCGAAAUGAAAUAAAACUAAAAUAUUUCAGGUAUAAAAAAGCAAACAUUUAAAAAAUGAUCCCUGUGCUCUCUACUUUCUGAAAGUCAAAUGAUUUAAGACAAACUUUUACAAAAAGCACAAACAUAUCUGACAGAGGCUGUUUUAUACUGUACACACAAACUAACACACUGAUUUAAAUACAACAACCUUUAUGACUGUAUAAGCCUCUAAGUUGUUUCAGAUAAUACAACAUGUUUUUUGAAAUAUGUAGAGGAUAAGAAAACUUCAUGGGUGUCUUUUUCACUCCUCUCUUUCACAGAAAAUGCUGUGAAAGGUGAAGCUCACCGCACCAACAGGGCUAUUGGGAUAUGCAGGAAGCUUGUGGGCCACUUCUCUCACAGCUGGAAGAAAAAAGAAGCCUUGAGGGAGGCACAGAGGGAGCUCAGCCUUCCACAGCAUGCCAUGGUGACAGACUGCCAGACACGAUGGGGAUCCACACAGAAAAUAGGCCCGUUUCCACCGCAGGAACUUCGGGACCGCAAAACGCGACAGCUACUGCCCUCAUGGCAAGACCUGGACGUCCUGGAAUCUUUAAACAAGGCUCUCAGCCCACUCCAAGACUUCACCAAUGCUUUGUCAGCUGAACAGUACGUAAGCAUAUCAUACCUGAAACCUGUUCUCCAUCUUCUGAACACCUCAGUACUGGCUGAAGAGGCAGAGGACAGUGACCUGACCAAAUCACUGAAAGCAAAAAUCCUCAGCUACCUCAAUGAAAAAUAUCAAGCCACACAGGACCUGCUGAACAUCACAACAUUCCUUGACCCCAGGUUCCGAACAAAAUACAUGUGUACAGAAGAGACGAAGACCAUAAAGGAACAAGUGAUCUCUGAGGUGAUGGCAGUUCAGCAGCAGCCUGAAGUGCAGCGCACCAUAGCAGUUGAGGAGGAUAGCUUGGAUGUGGACAGUCCACCUGCAGCUAAAGCCAAGAAGAAAACUUUAGCCAGUUUCUUCCAGAACAGCAUGCACACGCCAACAACAGCAUCAGCAUCAACCACCUUUGAUCCCAUGGCACAGUGUAGUGAAGAAGUGGCUACUGAACUCAAUACAUACACUUACAUGCCCUGUUGGCCAUGAGGAAGAUCCGUUGAAAUGGUGGAAGUGCCACAAAAUAAAUUUCCCUUUGCUGUCCAGACUAGCUCAGAAAUAUCUAUGCAUACAAGCAACAAGCUCUGCGUCAGAAAGAGCUUUUAGCACGAGCGGUAAUGUUGUAUCAGCCCAUCGAUCCUGUCUGAAACCAGACAAGGUGGACAUGUUGGUUUUUUUGUCAAAGAACCUCAGAAGUGGUGGUAGCUGGAACCUUUUAGAAAGAGGAUAUGGAAGUACUAUUUGAUAAUAAGAAAGUACAGUGGUAACAUUUUUAUUGGUUUGGGUGUGAUUGACUGAACUACCCAAAGCAUCCAUUUUAUUUUAUAUCCAGUGUAAUCUUUAGAGGAAGUUGUAGUAGACUACAAAAAAGUAUACCCCGUUUUAGAAGUUAACCACUGAUUUUUAUGUUAAACCCCUCUCAGUUGUCCUUUUUGGAGCAUUCAAAAUGUCUUAUUUAAUGAAUAUUUUGUAUUCUCUUAUUUGUUGUUGUAGUUGUACUUAAUGUUUAGAGAAAUGUCUCCAGAAAGGCCUUCAAGUUGUAACAAAGUGCCACAGCCAGUUGCACUUUAAAGGACUGCCUUUGUUGUAUUGAGAGAUGGGCACUGUCUCUGUUUGCACUUUAAAGAAAUGCCUUUAUUUGUUUACUGCACUUUUUUUAUUAGAUAACAAUACUUGAAAGAUUUACCAAAAUGCCUACAGAAAAGCUGUUAACUGCCUCUGUACAUUGUAGAAAUGUCUUUAUUCUUUUUUACAGUGCUGUACAAUCUUUUUCGUUUUUGUAUUAAGUACUACUUAAACAGUUACAGUUUACAAAAUGCCUGCAGAAAGGCCUUUAAGUUUACAAUAAUGUCAAUAUUUGCACUUAGCCGAAAUACCUUUAUUUUCAAAAAAGAAAGAACUUUUAUUUAUUCGAAAAUAUUAUUUGGAGAACAGUACUGCAAAAAAUUUCGGUUUUGUAAUUUCAUUCAUUCAUUCAUUCAUUCAUCUUCUAACCGCUUCAUCCUCUUGAGGGUCGCGGGGGGGCUGGAGCCUAUCCCAGCUGACAUUGGGCGAGAGGCAGGGCACACCGUGGACAGGUCGCUAGACUAUCGCAGGGCUGACACAUAGAGACAGACAACCAUUCAUGGUCACAUUCACACCUACACUCUACAAUGUAGAGUUAUCAAUUAACCUAGUCCCCAAUCUGCAUGUCUUUGGACUGUAGGAGGAAGCCGGAGUGCCCGGAGAGAACCCACGCUGACACGGGGAGAACAUGCAAACUCCGCACGGAAGGGCUCCCACACCCGGGAGCACCUCUUGCUGUGAGGCAACAGUGCUAACCACCACACCACCAUGCCGCCGUUUUGUACUUUUAUGCUGCUAAAUAUUUGUAUGUUCUGGUUGGGAAAUAAACACUCCAAAACUAUCAUUAUUCUCUGCAUUUUCCUUCAUAAUCAAGCAAUCACAAAUUACAAUAUUGUCCACUAAAAUCGCACAUUUUUAUCAAAUCGUGCAGCACUAAAAUAAAUAAAUAAAUAGUGUUCUCCUACCGUACUUCCAUUUUUAAAUGAUAUCCCAUGGUGGUGGAUACCACUGAUUGGAUUGAUCACUUCAGUAAGGUGUGAAGAAAUCAGUCUGAUGCUGUAAACAUAAAAAUACUGCGGUGACACUCGGCCAUUGCUAUGAUUC